UGAUAGUAAUUAAUAAUAGAACACCUUCAGUAGAUAGGCGGAGAAACCAGCAUUUGAGAAAAAGGUGUUCACAAUCUCGCGAUAGCGGACGGUCUCGUGUCACGUGACUUUGGCACGUUUUGCUCUGCCGCUUCGUUUCGCCCAGUGGAUUCUUUGAACGCUUUACGCGGCUGGGUGCUGUGUGAAAGCAUGGAAAUGAUGAAGAUCGAGCAGGUAGUUGUCGGAAACGACAUUAGGUCAACCUCUGCGGAGAUGAAGCCUGAGCCACUGGUCGCCCCCUAUCAGCAUGAGAGUCUGCAGUGCUUCCAGUGCUUUAUCACCUUCUGUAACUCCAAAGCUAAGGAGAGACACAUGAGGAAGAGUCAUCGGGACCAAUACAAGCAGCAACUGCAGCAGAGUAACACUGUCUUCACAUGCUACAAAUGUGAGAAGUUCUUCUCCUCUUCCGAGGAGCUCAGCCAGCAUCAGGCCACCCACAGCACAGAGGAGAAGGCCUUCGUCUGCUCUUACUGCCAGAAAAGCUUCUUUACCUUCACCGAGCUGAACCAACACAGACGACACGAGUGUAAAGAACGGCGGUGUCCCUGCAGGGACUGUGGUGCUUCCUUCCCCAGCCCGUCACGACUUCGCAGCCAUCGCAUUGCGGUGCACCCCCAGCCCCCAGAACAAGCCGAUGACCUGAACACCUUCCAGUGCUGCAAAUGUCAUCAGAGUUUCCAGACUGAGGAAGAGCUCCUGCAGCACCAGGAGAAAUUUGCCAGGGAAAUAACCUGUGACGCUAAGCCGCAAGGCAAAAAACGCGGGCGUAAACCCAAGCAUGCAGCUCAAGGGGUGACUGGUGACGGCAAGAGGAUAAAACAAGAAGAGGGAGCGGACAACCACGAAGAAUACAGUGACCCUCCAACAGACGGCUGCUCCUCCUCCGAGCUCCAGAUUCCCUGUCCCGAAGCAGACUGCGAUCUCAUAUUUCCUUCUGUCUUAGCCCUGCGGGCACACAGGCAACUCGAGCACAACCCACAUGCGUUCAUACAGUGUGACGAGAGCUUUGCUCAACCCGAGCAGCUCAGCGCACUCAAGGCUACAGCUCACAACUCUAGAUACACCUGCCUCACCUGUGCAAAGAGCUAUACAAGAGAAAGCAGCCUAAAGGCUCAUCAGAGCACCCACACCGAGCCAGAGGAGGGAGCAGAAAAAACAUAAUAUAAAGGGAAGAGACUGCAACUCGUCCCUACGUGUUUAGAUUAAAUGAUCGUCAAAGUGAAGACUGCACAGACCUGUACACACCAGGUAGUACUCUAACUACAUGAUCACCUUGGCCAUUUCUUCUUACUAAUUCUUCCAGUGUAAGCUAUACUGGAAAGCCAUACCAGGGUUUGCAUUGUGAGGGAGCAGGAUGGUUUGGAUUCAGAGGCAGGAGGCAGAGACACACCUGACAGUCAACUGGGAAACUUUAGUUCGUGUCCACUCACUUUAAUCUCAUCACAGCUUUGUUAGUUUUACCCCACAGCUACUACUGCUUUAGUGUGAGUAAAACUGCACUUUUAUUAUGUUAAAGACGUGCUAGAAAUCUCGUUUUUCUGUGUUUUCCGUGGGUCAACUUGAUCUAAAACUAAAGGUGGCGACACUAGCACAUGUGCACUUACUCACACGGCCACCAGAGGUCAGUUAUCUUGAACUGUAACUAUAUAAUAAUUCACCUAUUUUAUCAUUUUCUGAUGGAGGAUUGUGUCUGUUGUUUUAUGUUCUACAGUUUAUACUUAAGAGCUUGAAAAGAAGGUAGCUGGACUUCUUUAAUUUUGUCCAUAAUUCUGUCCAUAUUACCUCCAAACUACCUGUAACGUAUUUUAUUCACUGUAGACCAACAAGUUAUUUCUUACAAGUGGAGUGAAUGUUUUGUAUUUAGCUGAAGUCAGACACUCUAAGUCCCGAACAUGAUACAAUCUUAAAUACUACAGCAGUAUAUAGGGUUCUCUGUCAAGAGACAGUCAGUCUCAAGGUUUCAUUUCCUUUUCUUUUUUUUCUUCUUUUUUUUCAGAAGUUGUUGCAUUAAACAGUACUCAAAUUCC